CUUUUUGAAGACUAGGCAGCAUGGUCUCCGACCUUAGCCUGUUCCAAACGGAACAAACGUAUUAAAAAAAAAAAAAAAAAAAUGAUAACAUUUUUUCUCUAAAUUUUAAUGAAUGGUUUUGUUUUUCUAUAAUUGCAGUGUUCAUAUUUACUUACAUAAAUAGUUAGAACUAUCUACUUUUGUGUUUUCUGUUAAAGUACGAGAAAAUAUAUAAAACAUAAUGGUUUCUUACUUUACAAUUGACGCUACUGGUGAAGUAACAAAUUUUCAGAAAGAAAUUUCAAACAUGAUGCACGGUUUCGGUGACAAUCCUAACCCGAACGCGGCAACAGUUGUGUUAGUAGAAAAUAUUGUUUUGCAACAAUUAAGAUCUCUACUCCAGGAGGCAAGUAAUUUCUCAAAUUUGAGGGGCUCUAAAGUAAUAUCGAAUUAUGAUAUUAUUUAUUUGAUGAGAAAAAAUCUUUUGAAACUAAAAAGACUUCAUGAUUACCAAUUAAAAUUAGAUCAUAUAGAUAAAAGUCGUAGUACUGUUGCUUCUCCUUCAGAAAAUUUAAUUUCAAGUAUUAUUUUGGAUGAUGAGAAAGAUCCCACAAUAAAGAAGAAGCGUACACAUAUUGACAUAAUCAGGGAGUUGGAUGAAUAUGAUGAGGUUAGUCAGAUUAAGUUUGAUGUAAUUGAUUACAUACGAAAAGUUAGAGCUGCCAAAAUUACAGAAUCAAUGUCUUACGAAAAGUAUGAAGCAUAUCACAAGGCGAGGUGUAGUUCGUUCCGAUCUGGUUAUGGACUCAGCAAAGGUUUUGUGAAAUUGGAGCGUUGGAUUAAUCCCACGAAAGAGUUGAAGAUAACACUGCCAGCUUUAGAAGUCCUAUGUUUUAUUGCUUAUGAAACUGUUGCUGAUAUAGUUGAUGCAGUUUUUUUGAUUCGGCAAGAUGCAAAAAAGAAAAAUGGUGACCCAUUUAGUAAGUUUGAGGGUGGUCACUUCUGUAACCCAGUUAGUUUGAACAAUGCUAUAUAUAUCAAGUCUGGGUAUGAAGGUGUACCAGCUAUAACUGUAGCAGAAGUAAGAGAGGUCCUGAGGAGAUACUUCAAUCCAAAAACAGGAAUGAAUGGAUUGUUUUAUAGGAAUAUGUGUUUAGAUUUACCAGUAAGAUUUGUUGCCAUAUAGUUAAGCAAUAAAAGGUAUUAUUAGUAUUUAUUAAAGUUGAUUAAUUAUUGA